UGUGCAAGAGCAAUUGUAACCAUUCUUAAAAGACGAUCAGAAUUUUAAAGAUAUAAAUGGAUGAAAAUACAGAGUUUUGAAGGGACAAUUUCUUAAAUAGACUGAAACAUGUUCGUUUGGUGUUUCUUCCUGUUGCUUGUGCUCCUCCCUGCUGCCGCCGUGGGUGAUUUAGAAGCACUUACUCUAGAAAUAUCGAACCUCGGGCGUAAAAUGGAUUCAUUUCAGUCGUUUGUGUUUCAGGAUAUUUUGAGCAUUAAAGACAAAAUAAACAAAAUGGAUUCGAAAAUAGACGCGAUGAUUGUAAAUGAAAAACUCGAUAAAGAAACAGGUCAAGCACAAUCAGGAAGCCAGACUCAUAAAGCCUCAUCAUUAAAUGAUAAAAUCGAACCCAUGACUUUAAAGAAACAAUUAGAUAGAAUAAGGAGGGGCUUUCGCGAAGAGAAAGAAGCGAUUCGACAUGACUUAGAUGAUCUGAAAGGCAUUUCACAGAAUCUUCUUGUUGGAAAAGACCAAAUAGCGGAGUAUCUUGUUACAUUAGAGACAAACGUCAACACAUUUCUCAGUAAAAUUAUUGGUGAGUUGAAGGAUGGAGUUCUCGACAUAACCAAAAACGUACAACACGAUUUGAACGCGUCGAUUGAACGCAACGCAAUUGGAAUUGAUGAGAAAGUUCAAUCGUUAAAAGAACUUGUUGAGCGAACAGACAAUAGCAGUAAAUCCAGAUCGGACAAGAUUACCGAAACGCUAACAACAAAGUUAUCUGCAUCCGAGAAGACCAUCGCAGGUUACCUUAACGACAAGAGUCUGAACACUGUCAACCUUAUCGAUGCACUACAACAAGACAUUAACAUUGUCAAGGAAAACACUGAUAAAAUCAUAGCAAAUGCAAAUAUUACAUCUCCGGUGCGCCUUGCCAACGGAAGUGUAUUCAGAAACGGUGUGCAAGGACGUUUGGAAAUACUACAUGAUGGCGUUUGGGGAACAAUGUGUGAUGACGAGUUUGAUGAAAACGAAGCAAAGGUUGCAUGCAAAAUGAUCGAUUUAAAAUUUGUCAACUACGAAUACUUUGAAGUCGCAUAUUAUGGUCGCGGAACCGGGAUGAUUUGGCUUGAUAACAUUAAGUGUGAUGGAGAUGAGCAUUCUCUAUUUAACUGUCCAGAGGCUUUCAUUGGUAAACAUAACUGUGUCCACGGCGAAGACAUUGGUAUUAAGUGCUGGUACUGAUAGCUUUAGAGAUUCCACGUGUAUGCCUACAUGAACAACAAAUAUGAUCCAGUAUUUGUUUUCCAGAUGGAGGAAUGAUAAAAACAAACAUAUUAAUUUUAUGACUUACUUCUUUGCAAAUAUGUAACAAAGAAUAUGAUAGCGGUCUACAUUUAUACUAACUAACAUUAAUGACUUACUUCUUUGCAAAUGCACAUGCACGGGCUAUAUCUAUUAAUUAGUACCAAUCAAUAUUCAAGUAGCUUUUAAAAGCUAUGCGAAAUAACGUUAAACGUCGCUGUGUUGAUGAAUAAUACAACGUGUAUACUAGUUGAAAUUCCAAUCGUAUGUUUACCUUUUUUAAAUUGUACAAAUAAACAUAUUUUGUGUUAAUAUACUGAAACUUUUUCUCCUCUAAAAAUUACAAAUAGUAUGCAUGUAUUUUUUAUUUAAAAUUUCGUUGAAUAUUGUUCCAUAUGUUUCAUGUAUUUGAAAUCAUCAUCAGGCGAAAUGUAAGAGAAAAUAUUUACAUUAACACUUCAUUCCUUAACGAUGGUUGUUGUUUAUCAAUUUAACAUUAUUUCUGUAUAAAGUGCAAUGACAUUCCCCAUCGAAAACGCGUGCAUUUCUUCGAUACUUCUGUCCUGUCAUUGGGCGCAAUAAUACUAAUGGGCGGGGCAUAUUUACUACGGAACUAUUUUUUUCAAUGAAAUCUUAGUAAAAUUAUUGGCAACCUGCAUAACUAAAAUCUGCAGUAAAGCAGCUUAAACAAAAUGAGCAACGAUAACUUGAUUGAUUUUAAUGUAGAUUUUUAUUUCCUGACGGAUGGAACAGUUGAAGAAAUAUUAAAUGACAAUGAUGACGACUUAUUUCGGAAUUUAAAAUUGACAUUGGGUAAAAAUAAACAUGGCAUCUGACAAAACAUGAAAUCGAGGCAAUGAAAACAAUAACAUAUUAUAGUGCACCCAGCUACGUCCAGAAUAAAGAGCUCAGUUCAACACUUAGUCUUCUCGCGUCCUCUGGCUUUCCUUUCGCUAAAGUUUUCAUUGCUAAACACGUUAACCCACUCGCUUCCCCUGUCGUUUCAUCCGAUGUUUACUUCAAAAGAAAUGACAAUGCACUUGCUGAUUUUUCCAACACCGUAUCCCAACAUGGUUCAUACACCAACUGACCUUAAACAUAACGCUCAACAAGUAAAUGGACUGGACUUUCUUUUCAAUUUGAAAACUCAUGGCUUACAAACGCUUGUAUCGCGUAUUUUCGCGAGAUCUAAUGAGAACUUUGAAGGUGGCGAUAUUUGUGUUGUUUUAUUGUUAUUGUUAAUUUUUCAUAACUCCAGUUGUAUUUUUCUAGCUGUAAUACAGUUAUAGAAAUUAAACCCAUGAAUAAGGAACUACUUUUUCUGCGCAUUCAUUGUUUUAUAGAUUUAGGUUACUGUAAAUGUUCGAAUUUAUCCACUGUUGAGAACAAAGAGAGAAAGAAAAAAGAGAAAAUGCUUUUGAAUAAUCUACUUAUUUUAGCAAUAAAGUAAAUUUAAACAAAUGUAAAUAUAAAUAUUAAAAUUCGACAUUUUGCAUUUCAUUGGGUUAUGGUAUUUUUUUAAUAAAAUAUCACAUGAAAUAUUUCGUCGUUGCUGUAGAUGCUUAUUCGGCGGUUUGUCUUAUUGUUGUUCUAAUGUUUUACUUUAUAAUAUUUAUUCAUUGAAUCACUUCAAAACACUAUUUUUUGUACAUUGUAUAUGUAUUUGUCAACAUGGGCCAUGGCCUUCUGGAUAGUUUGUAAAUCAAUUAUUAUAUAUGUUUCAUUUCUAUUCAAUUAAUUCGCUUUUUGUCCCAAAUGUUUACCUUGAAUUGGAAUAAAGAUUGUUUAAAGCUG